UCGUUUGCCUCCUAAUGGGAGAGCAACACAAUGACUCAGUCUGCUUGCUUUAGAGAAAAGAAAACCUAUUGAGCAAGCAAACCCAGACUUUACAACAGCAGCUCUGGGUGAGCGCUCACUGUAACUGCCUCAAACCACUGGAUACAGACCUGGACCUGUUUUGAAGUUAAAAAAAAAAACUUCUUGGAACUGCCUCGCAUGCUUGCUGAACUUUACAGCAGAGAAGCUAAAGAUCUCCACACACCCUAAAAGGAGUCAACACUUUUGUGAACACUUAAACAAACAAAAAAGUUUGCCUACACAAAUUUUAAAAGGAAUACAAAAAAGGGUUUUUCUUCACUACAGGAGGAAGAAAGCAAUUCUCAUCCCUGUGUGGAUACAGGUACUGUCUUUAAGUUAAAGCUUUUUUUUCUGGAUCAAGAAAAAAGAAAACGCAAGAAACCUUUGGGCUUCUGUCUUGUAGCUUGAUCUGGCAGGGGGCUUUGGACGGGGGGGAGGGGAGAAGGCACUGCAGCACAACCUGUAAGCUGCAAAGCAAUGCUCCUCCAGCUGAACGGAACCUUCUGCAGGAUUCAUAAUUAUUGGCCCAAUUGGGAAAACAGUGCAUUUGAUAUGUAACAUUUCUUCUUAACAGUAUUUGAUCUGCCUAUAUAUUGACUUCAGAAAAGGCCGUCUGAGAAGACUGGGGAUUCAUGCUGAGUCCCUUGCUGCUAGUUUUUUCAUACGUUUCAAUUCACACUGGAUUUAAGGCUGAGGGAUACUACGCUAAGACAAAGAUCCAAAUGAAUCAGUCAAUCGCAGACAUCAUGACAGCAACAGAAGGCAGUUCAAACAGCUCAAACUGUACAAAGUAUGACAACUUCAAGUAUACUCUGUACACCUGGGUGUUCAGCAUUGUUUUCAUCAUGGGGCUCAUCUCCAACAUGGCAGCCAUGUACAUCUUUUACUGCACCCUGAAGCUGCGGAAUGAGACCACCACUUACAUGAUGAACCUGGUGGUCUCGGACCUUCUAUUCGUUCUGACGCUGCCUUUCCGCAUCUUUUACUUCAUCACCCAGAACUGGCCGUUUGGCUCAUUCCUCUGUAAUCUUUCCGUCUCCCUAUUCUACACCAACAUGUAUGGCAGCAUCCUCUUCCUCACAUGCAUUAGUGUGGACCGAUUCCUAGCCAUUGUGUACCCAUUUCGCUCAAGGAUGUUGCGCACCAAACGCAAUGCCAAAAUCGUAUGUGUUGCUGUCUGGGUGCUGGUCCUGGCUGGGAGCCUGCCCUCGGGGUUCCUGCUGCACCCCACAGACCCAAACCACAACCAGACACAGACGUUUUGCUUCGAGAACUUCUCGAACAAACAGUGGAAGGUGCACCUCUCCAAGGUGGUCAUCUUCAUUGAAACCGUGGGCUUUCUCAUUCCUCUCAUUCUCAAUGUGGUCUGCUCAGCCAUGGUCCUCCAGAUACUCCGCAGGCCUCGGACCUUGAACAGGGGCAAGCUCAAUAAAACAAAGAUCCUUCGCAUGAUUGUGGUGCACCUUUUCAUUUUCUGCUUCUGCUUCAUCCCUUACAAUGUCAACUUGGUCUUCUAUGCACUAAUGAGGACUCAGAUCUUGAAAGGCUGCUCCAUAGAGACGGUGGUGAGGACCAUCUAUCCCAUUGCUCUCUGUAUUGCUGUUUCCAACUGCUGCUUUGACCCCAUCGUGUACUACUUCACCUCUGAAACCAUCCAGAACUCUAUAAAGCGCAAAUCUGAAUACAGCAGGUCUUAUGACAACAAGUUCUCUGAAGCCUUGCAGUCAGAGAGCUACAUCCAACAGAGCCUGCGGACUUUGAAGGCCAAAGUCUUUCAGAAUGAAUCUAGUGUUUGAGGUUCCAGAAAGAGGCUGAGUUGGGUAAAUACAGGCUGCCGAACUGAACUGAGGAGUAUGGGAAACACACUUUCAUUUCCAGACCAUGGUGAUUAAAACUGGACCAUCUGAAAAGGAAUGUUUCUUAAUGGCAAAGGUUUACCACCUAUGGAAUGCAUUUCAUUUAAAAAAAUGCUACUUAGGAAGUUGAACAGAUAAACCUAAAAUGGAUUACACGUCUGGAAAUGGAGGUACUGUAAGAAUGUAUUUAAUUUACUAGGUCUAUUAGUAAUUCAUACACCAUUUCCAGAGUAUGACUAUUUAAACUCAAUGAGCAACUAAAUGAAAAUGUCCUUUAUUUAUUUAUUUUUGUAUGUUUUCUGAGAAGCCACAGUCAAUUUUUAAUAAAAGGGGGACUGAAAAAAUGUUCAGCUA